CGCGUGUUGACAUGCGAAAAGUUCGGUCCGCGACGGGCGACCCCAACGCUUCUUAGCCGUUAUCCAUCUUAUCCGUUCAAAAGCUGCAGCAAAUCCACAUUUCCACUUUCAUUUUCCAUUAUUUUGUUCGAGUGUACUGCUGUGUUUGUGUGUGUGUGUGUGUGUGGCAAGAAAGUAAUUAAAAAAGUAAAUUCUGCAACUCGCCUACAAAGUUCAGAUAUUUCGCUUUUUAUGUGGCAUGUGUGUACGAGCCGGCACUUCGAGUUUGGCGCGUAAAUAAUUUCGUUUAUCAGCUGGCAAAAACAAAAAAGCAGCUUCUGUUCUACGGUUUGCCAAAACGACGACUGAGCACCAAGUGAAUAAUAACAAUAAUAACACUAGUCGUAACAUAAUAACAGCCAAUAAUACUUUGGCCCAAGUACGCCGAUCGGGAAAUAUAUAGUGGUUGAAUAAAAACAGCGGCAUGUCGGUCGAUUUGAGUGGACAGCAGGAGCCGACCAUAUCGGUGAUAACCACAGUUCCGGUGGCCCAAAACGGUGGCGAAAUGGACGCCCUGCUGCUCGGCAGGAUUGGGGAACUGGUGGCCAUUUCUCCGGAGCGCCGCAACUGGCGAGGCAUCUUCAUCGCCCUGCUGGUGAUCGCCGCCGUCUUCAGCCUGAUCAUAUUCUCGAUCUUCCUGCUGUCGCCGGAGGAUGAGGGCCUGCGGAUCCGGGGACGCCGCAUGCUGCCCAGCGACAUCCUGGGCAGGAGUCUGCAGUGGAAGCCCUUCAACGGCACCUGGAGCAAUGGUCGUGAGCUCAUCUAUCGCGAUCCCACGGGCGGCCUGUCCAUACUCAAUAUGGCCGAUCUCACCACACGCAUUCUUAUGACCAAUUCCACAUUUCGCCAAUUAAAUGCGGAGUCGUUUCUUGUGGCACCUGACCAAAAAUACGUGCUCCUGCAAUCGGACACCAAUGCCGAGGGCUCUAGACAUCACGUAUACGAGGUGCAGACGGCCAACACAUUUCCGCUGGGACCGACGGAGAAUAUAGCGGAGGCGCCACGCCUCCAGCAUGUGGUGUGGGCGCCAGUGAAUCCGCCACCACCGUUGGCCGCUCCACCACCCAGUGGUGCAGCAUCAAGCGCCACCGCCACCGCCACCGCCACACCCACCGCCACAUCCACCGCCACGAUGGCUCCACUGCCCAGCGGCAGCAUAAUCCUCAACAGCCUGGCGGGGGCGGCCAAUGGCCCUGGAUCCACGGGAUCGCCCGGAUCCUCCACAGCCACAAAUCCCAAUGGCAAGGCCACCGGUUACACACUGAACCAGGCCAUCGCCUUUGUGCACCACAACGACAUAUACUACAAGCCCAAGGUGCAGGGCGAGCUCGUCUGCCGGAUAACGCAGUCCGGAUCGGGAUCGGGAUCGGGAACGCCGGAGGGCGAGUCGCGGGGGGGCGUGGUCUUCAAUGGAGUGCCCGACUGGACCUACGAAAAUGUGCCCGAGCUGGAAAGCCGGCGGAGCAGCAUGGAGUUCUCCCCGGACGGACUCUAUUUGGCCUUUCUCAGCUACAAUGACAGCGAGGUCAACGAGUACAAAUACACCUGGAUGGGCGACGACAUCAAGUACCCGGCGGUGAUGAGCCAGCGCUACCCGAAGACGGGCUCCCGCAAUCCGAACGUGACGGUGAACGUGGUCAACCUGUCGGUGAUCAAGUACAUAUUCCCGGUGCAGAUCAGGCUGCCGGCGGAGCUGACCAACGGCAGCUACGUGGGCGGACUGACCUGGGCGUCGGCCAGUGACCUCUCGGUGACAGUGACCAAUCGGGAGCAGACCAAGGCCACCACGGUGCUGUGCCGAGCGCCGCACUUCCACUGCCAGGCCGUGCACACGGAGGUGACCAUCAACGAUGGCUGGGUGCUGCCGUCGGAGCGACCCAUCUUCUCGGCCCGCAACCAGCUGCAGAAGCAGCCGGGCAAGCUGCACAUCCAGGGUGCGGACGAGGUGCUGCCCGACAGCCAGAACGUGAAUGUGUCGCACGGCGGCCAGACGACUCAUGAGAUCAGCAAUGGGGGCUACCUGCUGAAGAGGCUGCCCGUUCGCGAUGGCGAGCACGGUCACUACCGUCAUGUGGUAUUCAUAUCCUCGCUGGACCGGCGACCUGUGCCCCUGACCAUGGGCCGCUUCGAGGUAACCGAAAUCGUCGGCUGGGAUGAGCCGCACGAGAUCGUCUACUUCAUGGCCGCGCCGGAGAAGAGGCCCGGCGAGCGGCAUCUGUACAAGAUCAGCCUGAAGCUUAAUGUGACCGAGUCGAACCGCACCUACAUCACCUCCACCGCGCCCACCUGUCUCACCUGCGACAACAGCGAGUCCACCUACCGCCUGCACCGGGCCAGGAUAUCGCAGCGGGGCGAUCGAUGGGAGGACAUUGUGGCGCGUCUGGAGCCGGACGAUUGCCUCUACGACAUACCCAAGAACUGUCUGUACAACCGCGUGCAGUUCAGCCAGGACUACAGCUACUAUGUGCAGGAAUGCCUGGGCCCGGAGGCGCCCAGCGUGUACCUCGUGGAGACGUCGAGCAACGACAAGAUCUAUGUCCUCAAUGCCGGCGAUGUCCUGCGCCACCGGCUCUCCCAGCUGGCCGUGCCACAGUCGCGCACCUUCAGCGUGGAGAUCCGGCACGGCUUCCACGCCCAGGUGCGGCUCUUCCUGCCGCCCGGAAUGCGCGAGGAGGAGGACGUGGCCUUUCCCCUGGUGCUGCACGUCGAUGCCUCGCCAGGAUCGCAGCUGGUGACGGAGCGCUUCCACGUGGACUGGAACUGGUACUUGGCCAGCCAGCGGAGCUUCAUCGUGGCCCAGAUCGAUGGGCGUGGCAGUGGGUACCAGGGCGAACUGCUGCGCACCCAGGUCCAUGGAAAACUGGGCACCGUCGAGGUGGAGGAUCAACUGGGUGUCUUGACAUACCUGCGGGACAACCUGAAGUUCAUCGAUCCGCUGAGGAUCUGCGCCUUUGGCUGGGGCUACGGUGGCUAUGCCUCAUCCAUGAUGCUCAUCGACGACUCCCAACAGGUGCUCCAGUGCGCGGUGGCCAUCAAUCCGAUUGUUAACUUUGGAUUCCACUAUUCCUUCUUCACGGAGCGCUACAUACCGCUGAAGGGCGACUAUUUGCGGGCUCUGCAGGAGGCGGAUCUCACGAUGAAGGCGGGCAACAUCAAGGGGCGCAACCUGAUGCUGAUGCACGGCACCGCCGACACUUUGGUGCAUCAGGAGCACACCCUGAUGCUGGUGCGCGCCCUCGUGGAGCAGCAGGUGAAGUUCCGGCAUCAGGUGUACCCCGACGAGGACCACGCCAUCGCCCGCUCGCUGAGCCACGUGUACAAGACGAUGGAGUGGUACUUCGACGAGUGCUUCGGCCCCGUCGACGACAACGAGUGGGACCCCACGGGUCUGUUCGUGUUCAAGCAAUAAUUAAGACCCCCCUACGAUCCUUACGACGAGGAUCCGCUGGCCAACCAGCUCAGCGACAUCGACGACACAGGGUCCUCCUCCGCCGCCGCCGCCAACGAUCCGGAUGCGGAUCCGUCCGGCGAUCUGUCCGGCAGCAACCUGUCCAUGUCCACCCUGCUGACCGCCGCCACGACGACCGCCCCGCUGUCGGCGCUCGACGAACUGGACAACCGGCUGCAGGCGCUCGACCUGAUCACCUCCUCCACGGCCACCACCCUCAGCAAGGUGGCCGGCAAGCUCUGCAACUACAGCAGCAAGCGCCGGCUCCACCAAUCGGAGGCCGUGCUCGCCCAGAAGUCGCGCAUCCUCCAGCACUAGGGGAUUCCGACUCACACUCUGAUUCUGUAACCAAUUCCGAUUGCGAACCCGAAUCCGAAUCCGACUCCUCCUCCAGGACUUUUCUGUGUGACAGGCGUGUGUAUGGUGUGUGUUGUGUGUGUUGUUUGUGUCCCAAAGUAUGAAAUUCUUUUCCUUGUUUUCCCUUUUCACGCCGCAGUUUGCAGUUGUGUCUUCCAUUUUAAGUCCCAAAACAAAAUUUAUAUACGAGGCUGUCACAGAUAUCUCUAGGGU